AUGGCUACCAACAGCAUCAAGUUACUGACCGGCAAUAGCUAUCCUGAGCUCGCAGCUCUAGUAGCUGAUCGACUUGGAAUCGAGCUCACCAAGAUCCUCGUGCUUCAAUACUCGAACCAGGAGACUUCCGUGACUAUCGGAGAGUCGGUCCGAGACGAAGAUGUCUUCAUCCUGCAAUCUACGCCACCAGGCGAUAUCAACGAUGCGCUCAUGGAGCUGCUGAUCAUGAUUAAUGCGUGCAAAACGGCUUCUGCUCGCCGCAUUACUGCUGUGAUUCCAAACUUCCCUUAUGCUCGCCAGGAUAAAAAGGACAAGUCACGCGCGCCUAUCACGGCAAAACUCAUGGCAAACAUGCUUCAAACUGCUGGUUGCAACCAUGUCAUCACGAUGGACCUCCACGCCAGCCAGAUUCAGGGCUUCUUCAAUGUGCCUGUAGACAACCUCUACGCAGAACCGAGUACGCUCAGAUGGAUUCGUGAGAAUCUGGACGUCAAGGACUGUGUUAUUGUCAGCCCAGAUGCAGGAGGUGCAAAGAGGGCAACUUCGAUAGCCGAUGGCUUGAACCUUGGCUUUGCCCUCAUUCACAAGGAGCGAACACGCCCGAAUGAGGUUUCGCGAAUGGUUCUGGUCGGAGAUGUACGAGGCAAGACGGCCAUCCUGGUCGACGACAUGGCCGACACAUGCGGAACGCUCGUUAAAGCGGCGGACGUGCUGAUCUCCGAGGGUGCAAAGGAUGCGCUCGCAAUUGUCACACACGGCAUCCUGAGUGGCAACGCCAUCGAAGCUCUCAACGGCAGUAAACUCAAGAAGAUUGUUGUCACCAAUACCGUACCUCAUGAGGAUAAGAAGGAGCUGUGCGAUCGUAUCGAGACGAUUGACAUCAGUCCUACUCUUGCCGAGGCCUGCAGGCGUACCCACAAUGGCGAGAGUGUUAGUUUCCUCUUCAAGCACGCGCCUGUCGACUAA